AUGCAUUAUGAAAUAAAUGAUAAUAUCCAACCGAUUUUUAAUGAUAUUCGAAUUGAUCUUCGAGGUAUUGAUUUGAAUAAUAAUCAAUAUACAACUGAAAAUGAUCAACGAUCACAUAGUUCAAUACCAAGUCGAAUAUCAAGAUAUUCAGAAUAUCCUCAAGUUCGACCAACAAAUCCAUUAUAUUUAAGUCAAUCAACUAUUAGAACACAAGGUUCAAAUCCAUUACCAUCAAUUUCAAAAAGUUCAGCAACAUUAGUUAAUCGUCGUCAAAAAUUUGAUCCUCAAGCACCACGUCGUCCAUCUGAUUGGCGAUGGUUAGCUAUCUUAUGUAUUAUUCUUUUUUUUCCACUUGGUUUAUUUGCAUUUGCAUUUGCUACUAAAGCACAAAAUAAAUUUCGUAAUGGUUUUAUAAUAGAUUCACAUAAACUUAAUAAUUAUGCUUUAAUUCUUUGUAUUUUAUCAAUAUUAUGUGGUAUUACAUUAAUUAUUGGUCUUCUAUUUGGUUUUGAUGCUUGGCCACGAACAAAUGGAUAA